AUGAAAUUUUUACUUUUUGUCCUAGGGCUUGCCUUGGCUGUCGCAGCCGAAGAGCCAAUUAGUCUCUUCUAUCAUGAGACGAUUGGUAUUCCAGAAGCCGCUCGGAUCAAGCGCGCUGAAGAAGCCCUGGACUUUGACGGAAGCAGAAUUAUAGGUGGACAGGCUUCCUCCCUUGGAGCUUACCCUUUCUUGGGUGGUUUAAUCGUAACAUUGACAAGCGGUUCACAAUCCGUUUGCGGUUCAUCCCUGCUCACCAAUAAUAGACUUGUAACAGCCGCGCACUGCUGGUGGGAUGGUAGAAACCAGGGUCGUCAGAUAACUGUCGUUCUCGGCUCAAUCCGCCUCUUCUCUGGGGGUACUCGUAUUAACACCAACAAUAUUCAAAUGCACGGAAGCUACAACACCAACAAUCUUAACAACGACAUCGCUAUCAUAUCCAUCAGCUGGGUUGGUUUCACGAAUAAUAUAAAUCGCAUCAACAUACCCUCUGGCAGCAACAGCUACGCCGGCACAUGGGCUACCGCUGUUGGAUUUGGAAGAACAAGUGAUUCGGCUGGUAUUUCGCAAAGUCAAGCAUUGAGGCAUGUAAACCUUCAAGUUAUCACGAACAACGUGUGCGCUUCGACUUACGGUACCAAUGUCAUCAUCGGCUCCACCAUUUGUACUAGCGGUGCUGGCAAUAUCGGCACGUGCUCUGGUGACUCGGGUGGUCCUCUUGCCAUUGGCAGCGGUAACAACCGUAAUCUGAUUGGAGUAACAUCAUUCGUCGCUAGAGCUGGUUGCGCACGUGGUCUGCCCGCCGGUUUCGCUAGAGUCACCUCUUUCGCUUCAUGGAUCAAUGCACGUCUAUAA